AUGCACACUGCGGUUUUAGACCCAAUUAAUGGACUAGAACAAACACAAGUCUCACAAAAGUCCAUAGCAAAGCAAUCUGAAUUCUCUAAUGAGAAAAAAGUAUAUUCUUCUGACUAUAGCAAAGAGAUAUCGUCUUUAAAGAAUGAUUUAUUCAAAAUUAAUAGACAAUUUACCAAGUUAGAAUCUCUAGUUUUAUCUACCGACACUGCAAUGAUCUCGUCCAUGGAAGAUUUAUUUAAAACAAUCAAUGCAUUAUCACAUAAUCAAUCUGUACUUACAGAUAAGCUAGAUAAUCUCCUCUCUAAUCAAGUUAAUAGUGACUCGCUGCUUAAUAGUUUAAAUGCAAGAUUAAAUCACAUUUCAGAAGGCUACGCAGGACAGAUCCAAGACUCUUUGAGGCUUAUUACAGAGAUCAAUAAUUCUGGUUUAUUCUCUGUUGGUAAGAAUAGGAAGAAAUCUAAAAUGAAUCUUAAUGGUGGAAUCACUCCUAGGCUAAGAAGAAAAAGCAUGCCAAGCUUCUCCAAUAGUGGGCAUGAAAGCGAUUCUGAUUCACGAACUGAGACUUCUGAAGAUCAAACAUCAGAAGAUGAGGGUGAUUUCAUUGACGAAACUGAAGAUCUGACAACAGAUGAAACCUUUUUGUCAAGAAAUACUUUGAAAAAUCAUAAGCAUCUAAUACACCGUAGGUCUAGGAGAUCUCAAUUGGAGAAGAUUAACCUUAUCCUAGAAGCAACUGCAUUAAAAUCGAUUGAAAAUAUCAAACAGUUAGAUAAAUUUGUUAAUGUGAAUCUAACCUUGCCUAUCAAUAGUUCUAGGCAAAAAAAUAAAUAUUUUUCUGCACCCGUAGCUUCAAAGAAGACCCUUAAGAGUAGGACUCCUCUAAAUGCGUACUCUUGGAUGUCUGAUAAUGAUUCAGAUAUCAAAGAAACAUUUCCUGGUCCAAUCCCGCAAUCUGAAAAUCCAACUCACACUGAUGUAUCUAAAAACGAUGCCUCUAUUAAAAAAAUUCCGAUAUCUUCUAUGCUAUCCCAAGUUGAUGUACCGUUAAAUCUAAAUGAACCAUCUAGUAAUUCUAAUAAUGAGUUGGCCACAUCUGCAGUUUCAUCAACUAGUAACCUUAAUUGUACUCUCUCUCAAGAUUUAUUUUGUAGACAAAUGUCUAAUACUCGACCAAUAAUGACAACUGAUAAAAAUCUGGUAAAUGAGAAUUUGACCGAAGAGUCAAAUCUGAUAGUUACGCGUCAAGACCAAGCUUCUUCCUUAAAUCUUGCCUCUAAUGCAGACGACGAAGGUAAACAGCCUAAUAUCUCUAGAAGCCGAUCUGUUAACAAUCUUACAAUUCUUUCUGAAAAAGAGAAUGGUAACACCAAAUCUCGCAGAUCAUCUUCAAUUAGUAUACCAAUACUUCCAGUAGCUGUACAAGGCAUUUGCCCAACAUUUGUUGCCGAUGGAAUAAUACCCAAUAGACAUAGUUCAAUAUCUUCUCUCACAAAUAUUGAUUCUUUAGAUGUUUUACAUUCUAAAAAUAUUGCACUUUCUCAGGAUUUUGAGAAAAAUAAUCCGGCUAACUUUCAGGAGACAUUUGAUUACAAUCGAAACUCACCUCCUAGUACAGUAUUUGAUCCCUCUGGUGAAACAUAUCAUAACCCCUCAGCAUUAGAAACCAUUAAGGAUAAAUUAAAGUCAUUUGAAUCAUCUAGGUCUCUACAAUCUCUAUUGGAAAACAAUAAAGAAAAGAAACCCAAACCUACCCAUAAAUCGAAAUAUAAGAUUGAUUAUCAUACUGGUUUACCUCAAACAGAUGAGAAUAAAAUAUUUGUAGAUGGAUUAUGGAUUAGUAAAAUACCUUCAAAGGAAAAAGAAUUGCCAAUAUCCCAAAGGUUAUCUAGCAGGCGUAGAAUGAAACAAAUUCCAUUAAAUGAAGUUGUUGUAAAAUACGAGACACAACCUAACAAAGCUGUGCCUGGAAAUUCUAACGGUGAAUCAGAUGGAUAUAACUCCAUUGAGGAGGAUAUGCCACUAAGCUCUCAUUCAAAAGUAUCUAGUUUAAAAACAUCACCUUCGCGAAGAUUAAGGUCUAGAGAACUAGUCGAAAAAAUCAUAUUCGAUCCUUCCACAAACAGUAAGUCUAAAUCAUCAUCAAGUAAUACAAGCUUACUUAAAUCCAAGGCAAAAGAGCUUAAUAACGUUCCUCUCUUAUCUACCAGAAACAGAAAGAGAAAAUUAUUUAUCGAUAAUAGCGAAGAAGAUAUACCGGAAUCAUUGGAAUCUGAUGCUUCUUCCAAGGAAACCAUCUCCCAAUUUGGUACCCAUUUCUCUAAAAGAUCCAGACUUUCUGUCGUGAAUAGUUCUUAUUCUAGUAGACGAAAUAGAACCAAUUCUAAAAAUAAAGAAAUCAUGAUGAAAAAAAUAUCAAAGAAAGGAAAUAUUAUCACAAAAGAGUCAAUCAAUACUAUGUCUCAAAUUAAAUCUGAAAAUCCUGAAAAAAUAAUCAUUGAUCUUAAAGCUCUACAUAAGAAGAAAAAAUCACAAAAACGAGCUGGCGAAAACCCAGAAGGUUAUCCAGAAUUAAUUAUCCAUAACGACUUUGUAUAUUUGGAAACCAACUUAACUAAACCAUUAACAGUUUGUGAAUAUUUAGAACUAAAGUUCAAUAAAAAUUACUAUUGUAGAAGAUUACCGAUGAUUAUGUACGGCGUAACUUUGCCUCCCAAGGAUACUAUAUAUGAACCGAUGGAGAUCAAUAGCCAAGAUGAAUCUGAAUUAGAAGAUAUCAUGAAAAUUCUAGGUAACACCCCAGCGAAUUGCAGUUUCUUACAUGGGUUUGAAUAUUUUGUUUGUGAAACUCAUUGGCUAAAUAAAAUGGCUAGAAAAGAUGAGUUUCUGAGAGAUUCUGUAAGAGGAUGGGAAAAGAGAAAACAUUUAAUGUCUUUGGUUAUCUAUUGGAAACAUCGUACCAUUGAAUCAAGACGAUUACCAACUUUUACACUUUUCCAUGCCACAAAAGAACUAGAAAAUUAUAGAUUAUUCAUGCAUGUAACAUUCAGCUGGUUGAAAGAUCAUAUCUCUCAUAUCAAGAGGUUUUUAGAAGCGUUUAUAAAAGAACGUAGUAAAAAAUCACAUCCUUGGGCAUUCCACAGCACACAAAAUAUGCCUGUUCUUGGCAAGAAAGGCACAACGUACAAGAACAUUAAUGCAAGAGUAGACAAGGUGAUUCACAUCAAAGUUUCUCGAGACCGUACAGCUACCAAGGGAAUACCUUCUAGUAGUCUUUCUGCUCCCAAGAGAGAAAGUCGAAGCCACUAA